UCUUCAUACUACCCAUACAUACAUUGCAAACCAAAAGUAAUAGUCAUGGCUAAGUCUGCUGCCAUCUUCACCUUCCUCUUCGCUGCUCUUGUUCUCUUUGCUGCUUUUGAAGCACCAACAAUGGUGGAAGCACAGAAGUUGUGCGAGAAGCCAAGUGGAACAUGGUCAGGAGUUUGCGGAAACAGUAAUGCAUGCAAGAAUCAGUGCAUUAACCUUGAGGGAGCAAAACAUGGAUCUUGCAACUAUGUCUUCCCAGCUCACAAGUGUAUCUGUUACGUCCCAUGUUAAUCUACCAAAGAUCUUAAUUAAUUUGGUGCUUAAUCGUGUGUGUAUUUUACUUAAAAUAAGUCUGUGUCACUCUG